AUGGCGAUGCGAGCAAGGCAAAAGAUUCGCGCCCCCAGGAGGGGUCUGGCUGGCAAGAAUGACGACUUCGAGGCGAUCUGGUCCAUCCUGGCAUCCUCUCUGCGCGAGAUCCACACCAAGAACGCAUCUUCCCUCUCCUUCGAGGAGCUCUACCGCAAUGCGUACAAGAUUGUGUUGAUGUCGAGAGGCGAUGACCUGUACGAACGGGUCAAGGAUCUGGAGCGGGAAUGGCUGGAUAACGAUGUUCGGCAGAGCAUCACAGCAGCAAUCUCUCCGAUCCUCCUCGUGGAGAGAGAGCCGGCCGACCUGUCAGAUCAGUCGAACGAAAGGCGAGCCGCAGGAGAGAAGUUCCUGAACGCGAUAAGGAGGGCGUGGGAAGACCAUCAAUUAUGCAUGGGCAUGAUCACCGAUGUGCUCAUGUACAUGGAUCGAGUUACCUGCACGGAUCACCGCAAACCUUCCAUAUACACUGCGUCAAUGUGCCUAUUCCGAGAUUACGUCCUCCGAGCCGCUGUGGGUGCCGAUCUGGAAAAGAGCAUCUACGAUGUUCUCGAAUCAACCGUCCUCUUUAUGGUACAACUGGAGCGAACAGGUCACAUUAUCGACAGGCCGUUGAUCCGGCACUGCAUGUACAUGUUGGAAGGCCUCUACGAGACCGUCACUGAGGAGGAAUCGUCUAAGCUCUACCUGACAGUCUUCGAGCCUUCCUUCCUCGAGAUUAGCAAAACGUUUUAUCAGGCCGAGGGGCAACGGCUGCUACAGACGGCCGAUGCUGCUACCUUCUGUCGCGUGACAUCCGACCGCCUAUCAGAGGAGGAAGAGCGGUGUCGCUACACCCUAUCACCGUUUUCAGAGCAGAAGAUAAAAGCUGUCAUUGACGAAGAGUUGAUACAGAGAAACAUCAACGAUGUCAUCAACCUGGAGGGGAGUGGAGUCAGGUACAUGCUGGAUAAUGACCGGCUGGAUGAUCUGGCCAAUGUGUACGAGCUCAACGCAAGAAUUGACAAGAAGAAGACUGCUUUGACCAAGGCGGUCCAGAAGCGAAUUAUCGAGCUGGGCGACGAGAUCAAUGCCGCAGCCAAGGCGUUCGCACAAGCGCCCGUCGCUACAUCGAAAACAGAGGAAACAGAUGCCAAAGACAAAAAGAAAGAGGAGAAGGAAAAACCGGUAAACCAGCAGACGGCGGCGGCCAUCAAAUGGGUUGAUGACAUCCUCAACCUGAAGAAUAAGUUUGACAGCAUCUGGGAAUGGGCGUUCUCCUCUGACCAGGGCAUGCAGACCGCCUUUACGAACAGUUUCUCCGACUUCAUCAACUCGAAUGCUCGCAGCUCAGAGUACCUCUCGUUGUUCUUUGACGAGAAUCUCAAAAAGGGCAUCAAAGGGAAGACCGACAGCGAGGUGGACGCGCUCCUCGACAAUGGCAUCACGCUGUUGCGAUACAUCCGCGACAAGGAUCUUUUCGAGACGUACUACAAGAAGCAUCUCUCCCGCCGGCUGCUGAUGAAACGAUCGGCAAGCAUGGAUGCGGAGCGACAGAUGAUCUCCAAGAUGAAGAUGGAGGUCGGGAACCAGUUCACGCAGCGACUGGAGGCCAUGUUCAAGGACAUGGCGGUAUCGGAGGACCUGACAAACAGUUACAAGGACUACGUGGCUCGCACCGGAGAUCCAGAUCCCAAGAGGGUGGAACUGGAGAUCAGCGUGCUCACGAGCACGAUGUGGCCGAUGGAGAUCAUGUCCAGUUCGAAGGACGGAGCGGUUCAGCUUCCUUGCAUCUUCCCGAAGGAGAUCGACACGGUCCGGCAGAGCUUUGAGAAAUUCUAUCUCAACAAGCACAACGGCAGGAAACUGUCGUGGCAGCCGGGCAUGGGGACAGCAGACAUCCGAGCGACGUUUUAUCGAUCCAACGGCAAGAUCGCGCGGCACGAGCUAAACGUGUCGACGUAUGCCAUGAUCAUUUUACUGCUCUUCAAUGACGUGCCGAUGGAUGAGUCGCUCACGUAUGAAGAGAUCCAAGCUCGGACGAGGAUCCCGGACCACGACCUGAUCCGCAACCUGCAGUCCCUGGCCGUCGCGCCGAAAACGCGGGUUCUCCGGAAGGAGCCGAUGAGCAAGGAUGUCAAGCCGACGGAUCGGUUCUUCUACAACCGGGAUUUCCAGAGCAUGUUCACCAAAGUGCGCAUCGGCGUGGUGAGCGGGGGCGGGAACAAAGUCGAGAACCAGAACGAGCGAGAAGAGACGGAGAAGAAGAUGAACGAGGAGCGAGGUGGUAGCAUCGAAGCUGCCAUUGUUCGAAUCAUGAAACAACGCAAGAGACUCGCCCACUCACAACUCAUCACCGAAGUCCUAACCCAGCUAGCAUCCCGCUUCGUACCCGACGUGAACAUGGUGAAGAAGCGGAUCGAAAGCCUGAUCGAUCGCGAGUAUCUAGAGCGGAUUUCGGACUCGGAUCCGCCGGCGUAUGGGUACAUUGCAUAG